UUCGAGUCACGAAAUUAGAUGGCGAAGAUCAAUGGUCAGUCCACGGCCACCUUGCUGCCAGUCUGAAUCGAGCCACGGGGCUAAUAGGAGCCCUUACCGCAUUUCGUGUAUGAUGGGUUGCGCAAGCAGUGGCCCCGUGGGCAAAGUUGCCGAAUCGGUUAAGGAUUUGGCCAGUAAGGAAGGCAAGGCGGUGCAAGAAUUCGGAGCAGCGACCAAAGAUACCCUAAUCUCGGGCGUCAACCACGUAAAUGAAGUCGUAGGUUCUACUUUCAAAUCCGCCGAAAACGAAGUGGUGAACCUAACCUCCAAAGCGACGAGCUUCCUAGGUCACGCUGAAGAUGAAACCAAAGACAUGAAGAAGGAGGCUGAGCAACUAGAAUCCAACGUUUCGGAAAAUGUGAACGAAGCCAUCUCUGAUGCAGAAACCGUGGUGAUGUCGGAGGUAGGCAACAUGCAUAACGACGUGGGUGACUUGAGCGACGAGGUCAAGGGUCACUUGGAGAAGGAGACGGAGAAAAUGAUCACUAUGGAUGGUGACAAUUUGAUUUUGGAAGAUAUCGAACAUUUUGAUCAUCUUGGAGAGGCUGUUGAUAAGAAUGUGAAGAAGGUGGAGGAGAAGUUGAUGGAUGUUGAGGUUGAGGAUUUGAAGAAUUCUCUAACGACUGCGGGAGACGCGAAGAAAGAAGAAUGAGAGAAGAAGUCUAAUCGUGACCUGUUGGAACGCUUUGCCAUUGCCUGACUUUACAGCAAUGACUUUGCCAAGAAAUGUGUGACCUGAGCUAGAGCAAUUGAGAGAUGAUAUCAAAUAAAUAAAAAAUCCGUCCAUAUAAUAUUUAUUAGGUUUGAAAAAGGCUGUAGUUUCCUACCUGCGAACAACAGUUAUAUCUUCCAUGAUCGAUUUUAACAUAAGUACUUAAAUAUUAUAAGAUAAAUCUUUAAAUUUUAAUGUAAAAAAAUUGUUAGUGAAUGUGAUUUAUAUUUUGUUGGCUACAUUGAAUUAAUCUGGUUGAAACUGUGUUAUAUUUGUAAUAAAGUUAACAGUUCUACUGAA